GCGGUCGCACGUACGACUCGCUCCGCCGAAGCUCCUUUGCAAAACUUUCCGUAGUUUGCAUUAAAAUCUUAAAAGCAUUUUGAAGGUUAAACUCUGUGCUGAAGUUGGUGAAUGAGUUCGUAAUUGAAUUGAGUUGAGUUUAGUUUGUGUGAGAUCUGUGUUAGUGCGUUAUUUUUGAGUUUAUUGGACGCAUUAAUGACGAAUUAAUUGAUGUGGGAGUUAGCCAUGACUUUGGAACUCCAAGGAUUAUUAACUUAAGGUCGAGGCAUCGCCCGUGAGCAUGCCGUCUCCGGACAACCGCAAACAAGGCCGCAACUGGCUGGAGACGAUGGUGGAACUGCCGUCGGGAAUCGGCGAAGAAGAUGUCACCACUGAACACACGCGGGGGUGCGGCGAGGGCACGCGGGAGGGGGAGGGGGAGGAGGCGCGCCCCCCCGACGGAGAGCGGCUCCCUGGGGACGGAGCCAGCUGCUCAGCGCCCGACGACCAGCACCGCAUUAGCGACGAUGAUUCGUCGAACGGGAUACGCACAUUUGGUACAGAUAAAGAUCCAGUAUCAACAGAAGGCAUCCUACGGACGGGGCGAUACUACAAAGGAAUAUAUUGGCCUUCUCUCACAAAUAGUUUUAAGGACGAAGCAGUGGAGUCAUCAUACCAAAGGUAUUCCAGACGCCAAAGACAGAAGUCCCUCAUCAUGGUCAACGUGGUGGACCUAGCUCUCAAAAUAUCUCUCUCUAUAAUUUACACGUUAAGCAAUAGAGGAAACGCAGCAGAAUCUAUAGUAGACGCAUACCGGAUAGCAUGGACGGUGGCGUUCUCGUGGCUGAACGUGGGCGUCUGCCUGCUGGGCUGGUGGCGUUGUUUCGCCAACAACUACCUGCACUGGGCCGCCGCCGCCACCUGGAUCCUCCUCAUCGCACAAGGCCUGGGCGGGCAGGGCAUCGGCUUUGACGCGCCCGAGAGUCAAGUAUGGUACAUGCUGUUCAUCGUGUUCGUGCCGUACGCGAUGCUGCCUCUGUCUCUUGGAUGGUGCAUCGUCAUCGGGGUCCUGUCUUCAGUGGCUCACGUACUGGCCACCGCCGUGGAGAUAAAGGAGAUUAUGGAUAAAAAUACUUUGGCGGCACAUUCCUGCGGCAUGAGACUGCUUGUCAGCAAUGCACUGUUAUACAGUGCUGUUAACUUUGCUGGCAUGUACGCUAAGUACCUCGCCGAUUGGGGCCAGAGGAAAGCAUUUCUGGAAACCCACCGAUCCAUGGUCACCAGACAAAGAACGAAGAGGGAAAGUGACCGACAGUGGAAGCUAUUCCAAAGUGUGAUACCAGACUUUCUGGCUCGGGAAAUAUACAAUCACGUUUCUCGAGUGAGGGGUGAAUUUCAAGAGCAGCAGUUCAACAAUUUAUACAUACAGAGGCAUCAGGACGUCUCCAUUCUUUACGCCGAUAUCAAAGGAUUUACUGAAUUAUCAAGCAAAUGCAGUGCUCAAGAAUUAGUGAAAUUGUUAAACGAGCUUUUCGCUCGUUUUGAUCGAUUGGCGUCGGAAAACAACUGUCUGAGGAUCAAAUUGCUGGGCGACUGCUACUUCUGCGUAAGCGGUCUUCCGGAGACACGCGAGGACCAUGCACACUGCUGCGUCAACAUGGGUCUGCACAUGAUCCGCGCCAUACGCGACGUGCGGUACAACGCACAGGUGGACCUGGACAUGCGGAUAGGUAUCCACAGCGGGACCGUGUUAUGCGGCGUGCUGGGCCUGCUGAAGUGGCAGUUCGAUCUAUGGUCGCAUGACGUCACCGUCGCUAACCACAUGGAGAGUGGAGGACUGCCUGGUCGAGUCCACAUAUCGUCGGCGACACUGGAAUGCCUGAACGGAGCCUUCGAGGUGGAGCCAGGCGACGGCGGCUCGCGGGACCCCUACCUCAAAGAGCACGACUUCACCACCUACCUCAUCAAGAGCUCGGAGCAGCCGCGACGGACCAGGAACAGGUCGAAAGCUGGGAGCCAACAAAGUCAGCAACUGUGUGAGCCCUCGCGGCGCCCUAGCAGCGGCAUAGACGACGAGAUGACCACCGACUGGACGCCAGAGAUGCCUUUCCAAAACUACUACACAACGACAGCCGCGGGGGUAGUCCGCUGUAGAAAGCGGCGCGAUAGCGACGAGCUCAGCCAGGAUAAAGACAACGGAGACGUGCCCUCUCUUUCUGAUGCUGAGGAGGACGACAUAAUAAACCACUCGAUCGAGGUGAGCAGCAACCGGCGCAUGCGCGUGGCGAACAUGCAGGCGUGGACAUUACACUUCAGGCGCGCGGAGCUGGAGCAAAGGUUCGCGAGACUCGACGAGCGCACCUUCAAGUCCAACGUCAUGUGCUGCCUCGUUCUGUGGCUGUUCAUCGUCGCCGUGCAGUGCGUCAUGCACUUCAACUGCAUGGAGAUCGUGAUAAUCCUGGCGGCGAUGACGAUUCCACUGAGCGCUGCGUUCGUAUCAGUGAUGGCAGAAGAGUUCCCAGGCGCCUGCCCACGCCUGGCGAGCGUAUCGGCCGCACUCGGCGGCUCCCGCCUGCGCCGCGACAUACACAUCUGCCUGUUUGUCACCAUCAUGUCCAUCUCCAGUCCUGGCGCGAUGAUGAUACCACUGAGCGCUGCGUUCGUAUCAGUAAUGGCGGAAGAGUUCCCGGGCGCCUGCCCGCGCCUGGCGAGCGUUUCCUACGGUAACCCGUCGGCCGCGCUCGGGGGCUCCCGCAUGCGCCGCGACAUACACAUCUGCCUGUUCGCCACCAUCAUGUCCAUCUCCAGCACAGUAAAGCUCUACGUGUGCCCCUCAUCGUUCCCGCAAAGCGUGAAUUACACGAAUGGAAUCCUCAACGAGUCCAAUGCGACGACUCCAACCCUCUUAUCUGAAUACCGCGAGGUGCCGGGUGAAUGCUACAGACCCGAAUACGUGGUGUUCACGUGGAUUCUCUGCCUCGUGGCUCUGACGUCAAUCCUCAAGCUUUACUACCUCAUCAAGACCUGUCUGGCCAUCGUCAACGUGGCCAUGUACUCCGGCCUCCUGCUGUACUAUUACGACGUGUAUUACAUCAGCAGCGAAAACACUGCCACGCCGCUCAAAUUCUACGUGCAAAUGCUGAUCCUAAUGGUGAUGUUCCUGGUGAUGGUGGUGUACCACGCGCGGCUGAUCGAGGUGACGUCACGGCUGGACUUCCUGUGGAAGCUGCAGGCCGAGACCGACCUGGACGAGAUGGAGGACACGCAGAAGACCAACAAGCAUCUGCUGAAGCAUAUCCUUCCAGAUCACGUGGUCAACCACUUUCUGAGCAAGGAGUCUGCGCCAGAUGAGCUGUAUUCGCAGUGGCGCGACGAGGUGGGCGUGAUGUUCGCGGGAAUCCCGAACUUCCACGAGUUCUACUCCGAGCAGAAGGCCGUGGACUGCAUGCGGCUGCUCAACGAGAUCAUUUUUGAUUUCGACAAGUUGCUAAUGCAGCCGAGGUUCAAGAGCAUAGAGAAGAUCAAAACCAUUGGAGCCACGUAUAUGGCAGCUUCAGGAUUGAAUCCUAAUCAUAAGAGCGGCGACGACGACAGCGAGCACCUGUGCGCGCUGGUGGACUACGCGUUCGCGAUCCGCGAGGCGCUCGAGGACAUCAACAAGCACAGCUUCAACAAGUUCCGGCUGCGAGUAGGCAUAAGCUGCGGGCCGCUGGUGGGCGGCGUGAUCGGCGCGCGCAAGCCGGUGUACGACAUCUGGGGCAACACCGUCAACGAGGCCUCGCGCAUGGAGAGCACCGGCCUCAUGGACCGCAUCCAGGUCACCAAGUACACCAAGCAGCUGCUAGAAGUCCGCGGCUUCGAGCUAGAAAGCCGCGGCGGGGUAGAAGUGAAAGGCAAAGGCCGCAUGCACACGUGGUGGGUAGUCCGAGGCCGCGCAGGCCGCCGCCCCGCCGCCGCGUCAGCCCCGCCGCGCUCGCUCGCCGCCAUCGUGUAUACUAUGCUACAAGCGCGCAAGAGAAUAUACACACACCCGCUGGACGCAGCCGCUGCCACUACUACAUGCCGCAUGCACACGUGGUGGGUAGUGCGAGGCCGCGCGAGCCGCCGCCCCGCCGCCGCGUCAGCCCCGCCGCGCUCCCUCGCCGCCAUCGUGUAUACUAUGCUACAAGCGCGCAAGAGAAUAUACACGCACCCGCUGGACGCUGCCGCUGCUACUACUACUUGCGCGCAAGAGGAUAUACACGCACCCGCUGGACGCAGCCGCUGCUACUACUACUUGCCGCAUGCACACGUGGUGGGUAGUACGGGGCCGCGUCAGCCUCCGCGCUCGCUCGCCGCCAUCGUCUACACCAUGCUGCAGGCGCGCAAGAGGAUAUGCACGCACCCGCUGGACGCUGCCGCUGCUACUACUACUUGUAAGUACCGCCGCGCUCUCUCCCUUUCAUCGUCUAUCUAUAUUAUGCUACAGGCUCGCAAGAGGAUAUACACGCACCCGCUGGAUGCAGUAGCUGCAACGACUAUGUAUUUGUAA